CUUCUGCUUGGUGCUCGUGCCUCUGUGGCUCACCCUCGCAACGACCGGCCCUGCGACCGCAGCUUGACACACCCCUAAUAACUUCAACCUCAACCUCAGCCUCAACCUCGCCCCUCACCCACACCCUCGCACUCGACCCAACCCCUCCUCCCCUCCGUCUCCGAGGCUCCUCGCCGUGACGUGUCCCAACCUGCCACCUCCUCUCCUUUAGGAUCCCGACCCUCGCGGCCUGCCUCUCUCUGCAUCCCUCCGCCCUCUCUUGGUCCCUCGGUGGCUGGACUUUCGGCGCUUCGAUCGCGUGUUCUUGUUCCACAUUCUACACAAUAAUCCUUCGAGCCCCGCGCCCCUCGCCCCUCGCCCCUCGCCUCCGAACCACCUCCAUAUAACUGACCGCCGACGAGACAAGCUCGAGCCACUCCUUCCGUCUUCCCUUCGCGCCUGCCCCCAGGUCUCUCGACAGGUGGUCAUCGUCCUCGGGUGCUAGAGUCGCACACACGACGUGUUGCCCCGGCCAGACAUCUGUGGCAGCAACGGGCUGCCAACGAGGCUUGUCCCACCAAGUCCCACACGACACUUCUCGUCGCCCGCUGUCACGGCUUGCGUGUGCGCGUGUGUGUCGUCGCGGCUAGCCAUUGUCACUGAUCAGCCUCCCUACAGCCAAUCGGCCACGACCCCACCCGUUCCUCUCACGACGUGCUGCAGACAUGUCGUCUCUCAAGGGCGAUGACUUCUUCAUCUCCGGACUCGCCACGUCACACGACGCCUCUCAAUUGAAGGGGAACGUGGUCGCUGUCGAUGCGACCUACUACUUGCGCCUCCUUCUCGAACGCUCACACGAACCUCUGAUUCCCGCCGUGGGUGGACCCCUCGCUCUCGAGGACUGCAUCGAGGUAGACCUGAACAAGUGGAAGGCCAAUGACUGUACUCCUUUCUUCGUCUUUGAUGGAUGUCCCGUCAAGGGCCAGGAUGAACUCUCGCUUGAACUAGGCCGGACCGCGAACGUUGGCACAAACGCCGCAUGGGAGCUAUAUAACAAUGCGCAGGCUCAGCCUGCUGUCGAGACCUUUGGACUGCACUCGGGCGCCUACCGUCUCGAGUCGUUCUACCCAACGCUCCAGAGCAUCCUCAGAAAGCGCGGUCUGCAUUUCUUGGUUCCGCCUUUCAAGGCUGUCUCACAGAUCGCAUUCUUCUCCAAGGUAGAGCAGAUGUGCGGUGCAAUCAUGGGCCCCCGGGAGCUGCUCCUCUACCCCAUCUCCGAUGUCCUCAUCCAGGCCAUUGACUGGGACAGCAACAAGUUCUUGGCCGUGGACAAAGACGCGCUGAAACGUCAUCUUAACGUCGAUGAUUCCAUUCUGGUUGAUGCGCUCCUCAUCACAGGGACCUCAUUCCUGCCACCCUUUCCAGCCAAAACUCAACAGCAAGCUCCAAACACAGUUAGGGACGCGGUGAACAUGCUGAGGACCAAUGGAAAGCACGUCAAGCAGGUCUGCCAAGCCUUCGAUGACAUACUCAAGAGCCAACAGCCCGACUGGUUCGAGAAGUACUGCAAGGCGCGCAUGAUUGUCGACCACUUUAUUUACAUAGCACUGAACGGCGCCGUGGAAAUCGAGGCCAAGGACACCUUGACAGAGGAUUCCCAUGAGUACCUGGCCCUGCGUCUCCCUGACGAGCUUCACCACUACCUGAACACGGGUCUUAUCGGACCUCGCUUGCUCAGCUAUAUCACGCACAGCAGGAUCACGGUUCUGCCAACUCUGGAUGGUGUCUCAUCUAGCGAGUACAGGCAGCUUGUAACCCAAGCGUUGAUGCCGGUGAGAGAGCUUGCACUCGGUCUUGUCGUGCCAAGACUUCACCGUGGAUUUCACUUCAAGGACAUCGAAGUUAGGGAUUGGUUCUCCGACCCGGGACGGACUGCUAUAAUACGAAACAGCACCUUCCGCACGCCAAGCCCCAAGGUCGCGACCUGGGGCAUCGAAGAGAAAGCAGUCAAGGAGCAGUUCCCGUCUUGGAGCCUCUCCGCCUCAGCCUCGAAAGACCGCUCGGGUUCUAUCGCGUUUGAAGUCUCCGCCCUGCAGGCGCCUGGCUUUGCCAAGGCGACGGUUGGGAAAACAGGCAGCAAGCCCAAAGGCAUCGACUCUCCACAUCACAUCGUGUCUACGGUGAUGUGGCGAUUUCUGCACCUGCGAGAGUACGUCGACGACUCUCACGAGCUCACAUCUUGGGGCAAGGCUCUGGCCACAGCUCUUUCCGAGCUCGAACCGACCGUGAAGAAGUACCCGGACGUCACUGGGCUCCAUGAAGCUUUACUCCUGGCAUUAGAGCUCAUCAGACUCGAGCAGCUCAAUGGCAAGCCGCGCCAGGAUGAGGGUGACGUCGACCCGUCUCUGCUUCUUCUCAGUCGCUCUGCUGUGCUCUUGAGACUCAGGCACGAAGCCAUCGGCUAUACAGGCCCCCUCCGCAAGGACAUGCUCUCAUUUGCAUCGCAGGUAUCAGCUGUUCGCGAUGCGGACCGGGAUCUGAUUGAAGCCGUUCUAGUGCACAUGUUCCUGAACAACCAGACUGAGAGAAAGCGAGAGCCCGCCGAAUACUGGGACAUAAGCAAUGCGCUCCCAUUCGUCAACCGAAACUACAAUGCCGCGAUGGGCGUUGCCGUCAGAACCUACCUCGAGAUGGACUCCGACGAACACCGCGACCUCGACAAAUUCGCAAGUCUGUACUUCCCCAAGGCCAAGGCCAUUCGAGAAGAUGUCGAAGUCUUCUGUGCGUUCUUCAAGGCGCUGGUUGCGGGCAUCAAGACCCUGGAACAGCAAGCAACGAAGGACGUCUGGGUCAAGGCCCAAGAGUUCCUUGAGUCUCGGACACAGUAGACUAGAAGCAAUCAACUGCGCAAUGAUGGCGUUUUCAGGUCUGUACGCUGUGAGUGGCUGUCGCCAAGAGCGGUCGCCAUGAAUGAUCAAGAAAUCGACGUAGAGGUUAGACGUCGAAUUGGCGUUGUAUCAAAGGAGCUGGCUUGCCAGACCUGAGAAAAUGCCAACAGCCACAAUUGGGGCUCCUGGACAUGGUAUGACAAUUGGCGACAAGUAUAUUUGGAAAGCGGCCAUGAUCGUGGACGGACCGCCCAAAAGACGUGGAUUGAUAUCGGUGCUAGCAGGGGAGGCCGAGCUGAGCUGAUGUGAUUUUUGGACGCGUAGCGGUUGCUCACGCGAAGACGGACAAAGAUACCAAGUAGCUUGCGGGCUCUACCCCAUGAGAAGAAAGUGCCGUCGAAAGAGAAAAAAAAGGUGUGUUGGCUGUCCAACAAGCUAGGGCAAGGACAGUCCUGGGCUUCUGUCUAGGUCUACCUAGGUAGCCUAGGCAGGUACCUCUAUAGCAAAUGAAAAAAAGAUUUUGAAAAGGA